AUGGAAAAGGAGUAUUUCCGACUUACCACCAUCCCCACUCCCGAUAUGAUUCGGCCGAAACCCGUUCUGCAGCAAUGGCUCUCCAUUCUCCACGACAAAAUGGAGAAACAGGAGGUCUCGUACGAGUACUACUCCAAUCAGAUGCGAGCGAUUCGCCAAGAUCUCACAGUGCAGCACAUUCACGACGAUUUCACGGUGACGGUGUAUGAGGAACACGCGCGUUCUGCGCUGUGCAACAACGACAUGAACGAGUUCAAUCGGUGCCAAACGCAGCUGAAAGACUUGUAUCAGCGCGGAUUGCAGUCACAGAACGAAAUCGAAUUCGCGUGCUAUCAGCUGCUCUACGGAAUGUUCAGCCAGCAGCAUUUGGACUGCAAUGCGAUGCUGCAGUCGCUGAAGGUGGAGCAGCUGAGCGAUCCGCGCAUCCGAUUGGUUCUGAGCGUGUGCGUGGCGCUCCGACGCGAAGAUUCCGCGGGGUUCUUCGCAUUGUGGGAUCGUUCGGAUAUUCCGUUCGAAUGCCGUCAUUUUAUGAAGCAGUUCUUUAGGAGAGUGCGAACGACGGCGUUGCAGAGCGUUUUUUUCACGUAG